ACUCUUGUGAAUAGAGCUCGUACGACGAAGGGGGAUGGAUGCAAGCAAAGGACAAGAAGACCCUCUCAAACUCUCUCAAACUCUCUAGACACGGGACAAUUUGGAAGCAUUGUAGUCCUGUUUCGAUGCACAUCAUUAUUUGACGGGACUAUAGGAGAUAUUUACCUUCACCACAUCACUCUUUAAUUUGUAGUCUUCCCUGUGUGAAUUAAUAAUGUUCUUGAACGUUUUAAUGUGGUGCAUGAUAGCACUGGACACCGCGCGCAUCGCAUCAUCUCUGGAGUUACAACCUGGCAUGCCUAAUGUGUGUGCGGAGCAGGAGUUGUCCAUGCUGGGUGCACGCCAGCCCUGUGUCCAGGCCUUCACUCGGAUGGUCAAGGUCUGGAAGCAAGGCUGCACCGGCCAUCGCUGGUGUGUUGGCUACGAAAGGAGAACAGGCUACUACACAGCCUACAGGCAGGUGUACAGUAUGGAUGUGCACAGGGUGACCAGGUGCUGCCCUGGGUGGACACAGAGGGGCAAGGAGAGGGGCUGUUUGCACCGGGUGUGUGCUGCUACUACCUGCUUCAAUGGGGGCAGGUGUGCUGAGAGAGGUGACCAGAUCUGUCAUUGUCCUGUAGGCUUCCAAGGAACACGCUGCCAGUAUGAUGUCAACGAGUGCUCGACUGCUAAAGGCGGCUGUGAGGGACAUUGCUGCAACACCAUUGGAAGCUUCUACUGCAAGUGCCCCGGGGGCAGUCGUCUGGGCCCGGACGGAAAGGCCUGUUUGGAUGUGAAUGAGUGUGAGGAGCUGAAUGGCGGCUGCCAGCAGACCUGUGUGAACACGGCAGGCUCCUACCACUGUGAGUGCAGUCAGGGCUUUCGCAUGCACACUGACGGAAGGACCUGCAUUGCUGUGAACUCCUGCUCAGUGAAGAAUGGCGGCUGUGAACACAAGUGUGUGGACAUGGACAACGACCACUACAAGUGCGAGUGUCGUAGGAACUACCAACUGAAGAGGGAUGGAAAGCACUGCGAGUUUAGGGACCCCUGUGUGGACCGGAGUGCAGGCUGUGUCCAGCUGUGUCAUUUUGUGGAUGGUCGAGCAGAGUGCAGCUGCAGACCUGGGUACUCGCUGGCCGGUGACCGCCAGGGCUGUGAGGACAUAGAUGAGUGCAGCUCAGGCCAGGCCAUAUGUGCCCAUCGCUGUGUCAACACCCGGGGCUCCUUCAGCUGUGUGUGUAACCCUGGCUUUGAGCUGGGCGCUGACGGCAAACAGUGCUACCGUAUUGAGAUGGAGAUCGUGGACAGCUGUGAGAAGAACAAUGGAGGAUGCUCCCACCACUGUGAACACACCACCAACGGACCCCUCUGCUCCUGUAACCAAGGAUACCAACUGGCUGAGGACAGGAAGACCUGUGUGGACAGUGAUGAGUGUGAGAGUAGGGAGGCGUGCUGCAGUCAGUUCUGUAAGAACAACCCAGGGGGCUAUGAGUGCAGCUGCCAGGCUGGUUAUAGGCUCCAUGCAGACGGCUGUGGCUGCAAUGACAUUGAUGAGUGCCUGGCAGAGAGUGUCUGUGAACACUACUGUGUGAACACCCCGGGGACCUACGAGUGUUUCUGCAGACUGGGCUUCCGUCUGGACCACGACCACAGAGCCUGCAUCCCGCUGUACGACAGUGACCUGGAUGACGAUGAAGAGGAGGAUGAUGCAGAUGAGGAUCUGGAAGUGCACAGGUUGCCAGAUCUGCUGUUCCGACGGCCCCCUCAGCUCCUGCAGUACACUGCAGCCCUGCACUCACCCUAUGGUGAAGACCAGGAGGAAGAGGCACAGAGAGGGGAACUCACCCUGGUCAGCCACAUAGUGUGUCUAGAUGAUUCCUUCAGGGAUGACUGUGGUGUGAGCUGUGCUGACUGUGAGAACGGAGCAGUGUGUGGUGCGGACAGAGAACACUGUGAAUGUACACCUGGAUGGACUGGCGUCAUCUGCAACGAGACUUGUCCAGUAGGGACCUAUGGACAGGCCUGUAACAGCCUAUGUCGUUGCCAGAACGGGGGCUCCUGUGAACCAGUAACCGGGAGGUGUGUUUGCCCACCGGGGGUGCAGGGCCAGCUCUGUGAGGACGGUUGCCCACAAGGAUACUUUGGGAAACACUGUAGGCGGAGGUGUAACUGCCCCAACAACGGGCGCUGCCACCGUCUCUAUGGAGCCUGCCUGUGUGCCCCAGGGCUGUACGGGCGCUUCUGCCACCUGCCUUGUCCCAGGUGGACUCACGGUGUUGGCUGCUCUGAGGAGUGUGACUGUGAUCUUGAACAUUCCCUGGGCUGCCAUCCCAAGAACGGGACCUGUCUGUGCAAACCUGGCCACCAUGGCUCUCAGUGUCAGCAAGAGUGUGAUCCAGGGUUCUAUGGUAGUGGCUGUUGGCAGCAGUGUGACUGUGCAGUUGGGGAGACCUGUGACCCUAGGAGUGGAGAGUGCGCCCGGAGUUGUCCUGCAGGGCUCCAUGGGAACUUGUGUCAGCUGGCCUGCAGUGCUGGUCAGUUCGGGGAGAACUGCCUCCGGACGUGUGUGUGUGGAGGAGAACCCUGUGACCCCAUGACAGGAGAGUGUAUCUGCCCUGUUGGGAAGACAGGAAAGACCUGUCAACAAGUGUGUCCAACAGGGUCCUAUGGGCCAGGCUGUGUGAGCACCUGUGUCUGUCACCCUGAUGCCAGCUGUGACCAUGUCACCGGACACUGCAUCUGUCCCCCAGGCCGAACAGGACACGUCUGCACUAAGCCCUGUGAGGAGGGGUCCUGGGGCUCUGGGUGCUCCAACAGGUGCCAGUGUGCAGACCGAGCCCUGAGUUGUGAUGCUGUGACUGGACGCUGUGUGUGUGAGGCUGGCUUCACUGGAGACCACUGUGAACAGAAGUGUGUGGAGGGCAGCUAUGGGUUGGGCUGUGCCCUGGACUGUCAGUGUCAGCACGGGGCUCUGUGUGACCAUGUGAGUGGAGCCUGCACCUGCUCCUCUGGAUGGACCGGAAGCUUCUGUGAGAAAAUGUGCCCGGACGGGUUUUACGGUCUUGACUGUGGCCAGAUGUGCGAGUGCAGGAACGGUGCCCGCUGCCACCACAUCACAGGAGCCUGCCUCUGCACCCCUGGCUGGUCGGGACCACACUGCAUUCUGGCCUGCCCUAAGGGUGGUUUUGGGAAGAACUGCAGCCAGAGCUGUGAGUGUCAGAACGGGGCCACCUGUGACCACGUCAGCGGCCGCUGCAGCUGUGGAGCCGGAUGGACCGGAGCCAGCUGCCAAGAGGCCUGUUCUGCUGGGAGGUAUGGAGAGGACUGUUCCCAGCUGUGUCUGUGCCAGCAUGGAGGCUUCUGUGACAGGGUGACUGGCCAGUGUUCCUGCCCCAGUGGGUGGACCGGAGCAGCCUGCGAGCUGGACUGUGGGGAGGGGCACUAUGGAGAGGGGUGCACACAAACCUGCAGCUGUCAGAACGGAGGGACAUGUGACAGAGUGACUGGGGGGUGUAGCUGUCCCCCUGGCUGGACUGGAGAGCACUGUCAGACAGCGUGCCCAGGCGGUCUCCAUGGAAAAGGGUGUGAGCAGAGGUGUCAGUGCGACCACGGGACAAGCUGCCACCAUGUGACAGGCAGAUGUGAAUGUCACCCAGGAUGGAGAGAGGCCCGGUGUAACAAACCCUGCCUGCCUGGGGUCUACGGUGCUUCCUGUGCCCAGCGGUGUCAGUGUCAGUCUGGGGUGUCCUGCCACCACGUUACUGGGACAUGUGGCUGCCCUGCGGGUCUCACUGGGAACGGCUGUGAGGAGACGUGUCCAUCAGGUGUGUUCGGACUUUACUGUAGCCAGAUGUGCCAGUGUUCUGGGGACCAUGAGCAGUGUCACCCUGUCACUGGAAGGUGUACCUGUCUACCUGGUUACUACGGCAACCGUUGUGAACUCAUGUGUCGAGAGGGAUCAUAUGGGCCAAACUGCAAGGCCAGAUGUAAGUGCAACAAUGGUGGUCGCUGUGACACUAAAACAGGGACCUGUGAGUGCCCACCUGGCUUCCUAGGAGCUGACUGCAGCAUUGGUUGUCCGGCGGGGCGCUAUGGGAAGGACUGUGCCCGUCUGUGUUCUUGUGGGGAGAGAGGGCAGUGCCACCCUGUGACUGGGAGGUGUAUCUGCGCCCCAGGCAAAAUCGGGCAGUCCUGCCAUCAAGCCUGCCCUAGGGGGCGCUAUGGCCUGCAGUGCAGGAACACAUGUGUGUGUCAGAACGGCGCGCUGUGUGAGCCCAGGGACGGGAGCUGCAGGUGUGGGCUGGGCUGGACGGGACCACGCUGUGAGACAGCGUGUGUCCAGGGGAAAUAUGGACCGGACUGUGCACUGGACUGUCCCUGCCAGAACAACGGGACAUGUGACCGCAUCACUGGCUGUUGCAGCUGCACGGCCGGACACUACGGACACUCUUGUGAACACUUGUGUCCCUCAGGCUUCUUCGGACAGAACUGUGCCCGUCCGUGUGUUUGCCGAGCGGGACACACAUGUGAUCAUGUGACGGGCCGGUGUGUGUGUCUGCUUGGCUACCAUGGUUCCCAGUGUCAGAAACGGUGCGAGGUUGGCAGGUUUGGGGAGGGCUGUCAGCAGUCAUGUGACUGCGUCGGGGGAGCCCCCUGUCAUCCAGCCACGGGACAGUGUCUCUGCCCCCUGGGGAAGACUGGACAGAGAUGUGAAAAAGACUGUGAAGGAGAUCGUUUUGGUCCUGACUGCUCCCUGCAGUGUCAGUGUUCCCAUCAGGCCCAGUGUGACGCUCGUAACGGCCGCUGCCUGUGUCCUGUUACCUGGCUGGGCCCCACGUGCACAGAAGCCACUCCGGCCUCUGACAGUUAUUUUAAUCCACACCCAGCGGGGUGUCUGGCUUGAAGCUGUCUUCGUUUCCUCCACAAGCCCAGCUCACGGGAGACCAUCCAGAUCGACCAGCAAACAACCCAACACACCAGCAACUCCCUGAACGGUGAAGAACAUUUGCUUUUGAUUUCUAGAAGGUGCCAAAUGUCUUUUUGUCUGCCUCUUCUCUCUUUUCAGGACGACUAGAGACUGCAGAGGCCCCAGCAUUGGGCUUCUCUCCCUCCCUGAAGGGGCCGUCUGGUCUCUCCCACUCGUAGCGCCGCUGGAGGCCCCACAUCCCAAACUAGACGUCCCAAAUACCCCCGCCAGAUGUCUCAAACACUGAACAAGGUGCCCUAAAUAUGCAGUCAGGGGUCCUGGGGCGUCAUGGGAUGGCUGUGUACAGUUGGACAGAUGGACAAAGGUAUACAGCCAGAAGGUGAUUCAGGUCUGGACCAGACACACAAGGUCAUGUAUUCUUAUGUCUACACCUGUUUUCUGCACAUUUGGUUGAGAAAUGUGCAUUGGCUUUUUGUGAGCCUGCAGAAAGGUGCAGAAUGCCGGUUUAGUUAGAGAGAGAGCAGGCUACACAAGGACCUGGAACAUUGAUGUGCUGCUGGGCGGUAGACAUUGGAACGUGCCCUACCUGAUUGUCUCAGGACUGGACCUCUGCCCCAAGUCAACUGGUCUAGCCUGUCAUUAACCACAGGCCAAAUGCUUCCUGGACAUUCAUAACGUCUCUGUCCUCUCCCCAAUGCAGCUUUGUGCAGCCUAGUACACAGGGGCGGGCAACUACGAUACUGGAGGGGCACAGUGUGUGCGGACCAUCACUAUCAUACAUGAUUCACAAAGACCAUGAUUCGGUGAUUAGUGGAAUCAGGUGUGUUAGAGCUGGGCUGGAACAAAAGCCGGCACCCUCCUCUUGCUUACCCAUGGCCUACCCUCAGAGUCAUUGGUCAGACUGACAUGGGAGCAACAGCCAUCACUCCCGAAAUGUCCACUGGUACUGUCUCUCCGUUGAAUGGCACUCUGUCAUUUUCUCAUAUCGUAUACAGUGAGACUAUUUUGUGUUGUAUUUUACUGGUUUCUUUUGACAGCGUCUGCCUGAUUGCUCGUCAUAAAGUGUUAAUAUAUUUGAAAUUGCUUUUGGUUGUAUGUUUGACAAGAUCACUUACUGUACUAUCAGAUCAAGGAAAUCCACGUAUCAAUUCAUUACUGCUGUUACUGUCUGUUAUUGUAAGUGUGUCAGUUAAAUGCCACUAUGACCUAUAGAAGUCUGUUUUAGCCAAGUAAUCAGUAUAUUUUCAUGUAGAAGGGUUUUUAAAGUAGUACAAAGCAUUUGAACUGUACCUCAGGAUACUGCAAUUCAUACCACUCAUAACAUGUACUGUACUAUGUGCCUGAUGGCAGGCUUUAUGUAAAUGGUGCUAUUUUGAUACAUUUUGAUUUUUUUCUUUAAAUUCUCUUUUUGCUAAUGUG